GGAGGACAGAGGCCGCUCUCCCCAGAGGGACUUCCACAUCCUGUUCGUGCCGCGCCGCAGCCUGCUGUGUGAGCAGUGGCUGAAGGAGCAGGGUGUGCUGGGGUCCUUCAUCCACCGUGAGCAGUACAGCCUGGACCUCAUACCUUUCGAUGGAGACCUGCUCUCCAUGGAGUCCGAGAGCGCCUUCAAGGAGUGUUACCUGGAGAGCGACCAGACGAGUCUGUACCACGCGGCCAAGGGGCUGAUGACGCUGCAGGCUCUGUACGGAACCAUCCCACAGAUCUUCGGGAAGGGCGAGUGUGCUCGGCACGUGGCCAACAUGAUGAUCAGGAUGAAGCGCGAGUUCCCCGGGAGCCAGAACUCCAUAUUCCCCGUCUUUGACACGCUCUUGUUGCUGGACCGCAACGUUGACCUGCUGACGCCGCUGGCCACGCAGCUCACCUACGAGGGGCUGAUAGACGAAAUCUAUGGGAUCCAGAACACUUAUGUGAAACUGCCUCCUGAGAAGUUUGCCCCGAAGAAGCAGGGUGAGGGUGGGAAAGAUCUCCCCACAGAACCCAAGAAGCUGCAGCUGAACUCUGCUGAAGAGCUCUACGCUGAAAUCCGAGACAAGAACUUCAAUGCUGUGGGGUCAGUGCUGAGCAAGAAAGCCAAGAUCAUCUCUGCAGCCUUUGAGGAACGCCACCACGCGAAGACCGUUGGGGAGAUCAAGCAGUUUGUCUCACAGCUGCCACACAUGCAGGCGGCAAGAAGCUCUCUGGCAAACCACACCUCCAUUGCAGAACUCAUCAAAGACAUCACCACAUCUGAAGAUUUCUUUGAUAAUUUAACGGUGGAACAAGAGUUCAUGUCUGGAAUAGACACAGACAAGGUUAACAAUUACAUUGAAGACUGCAUAGCUCAAAAACAUCCAUUAAUCAAGAUCUUGCGCCUCGUUUGCUUGCAGUCUGUGUGCAAUAGUGGACUGAAGCAGAAGGUUCUGGACCAUUACAAAAGAGAGAUUCUCCAGACUUAUGGCUAUGAACAUAUAUUGACCUUGAAUAACUUAGAGAAGGCCGGACUCCUGAAACCUCAGACAGGUGGUAGGAAUAACUACCCAACGAUCAGGAAGACCCUGCGCUUAUGGAUGGAUGAUGUUAAUGAACAGAACCCCAAUGACAUUUCCUACGUGUACAGUGGCUACGCGCCGCUGAGUGUCCGCCUGGCACAGCUACUGGCUCGCCCGGGGUGGAGGAGCAUAGAGGAGGUUCUGAAGAUGCUGCCGGGUCCCCAUUUUGAGGAGAGGCAGCAGCUACCCACUGGCCUUCAGAAAAAGCGUCAACACGGUGAGAACCGAGUCACUCUGGUGUUCUUCCUGGGGGGAGUAACGUACGCAGAAAUCGCUGCGCUGAGAUUUCUGUCCCAGAUGGAAGAUGGAGGCACAGAGUAUGUCAUUGCCACUACAAAACUGAUCAAUGGGACAAGCUGGAUCAAAUCCUUGAUGGAAAAACUGGAACCUGCCCCAUUCUAAGAGCUGUGGUGAGAGACAGUGAAGGUGGGAGGCCCCAUGAACACAGGCACGUCAG